UCCAGCUAUUUAUUAAUUGACAAUUCUGUUAGCCUGCUAAAGAUGACAGAAGAGAGUAAUUUUGCGGCCCAAAUCGAAAACGAUAGAAACAAAUUGAGCGUGCGUUGCCAGUUCUGUAAUUGUCUAAUGCUCAAAGCCAACGAGGGCAGUUACUGCGAGCAAGAAGUAGAUGUGCCGCUAAUGCAACAAAAACAGGACAGAAGCGCAGAGGCUCUGCAAACGGAGAAAUUGCGUCAUUUUUGGCUUAUCAAGGAUAUGAUGACGUUUGAAAACAUCGGCUUCUCCCACACCGUUGACGGCCGUAAGUUUCUGGUGUGCGCCGACUGUGAACGCGGUCCAGUGGGCUACCAUGAGCUGGCCAGCAAGUUCUGUUAUUUGGCGCUGGGCCGGGUAGUGCAUGGGGAUAAGUAGAUAGAAGAGAGAGAGAGAGAGUGGACUUCUGCUUUUCGCUGCCUACCCAAAUGCUGUAUAAUAAGUCUAAGGUAGCACAAAUAUUGCUAUUUCUAAUGUUUCCAGUAUGUAUUUUCUAUUAAGCUGCAAAUCAAUGUUUUUAACUUAAAUGUAAAUUAAUACUUGUAGUGAAAUUAAAAACAAAAAUGGUUUUUCAAA